CCUGCUAGAAAGGCAAACAGCGGCCUGUGUGCCAGUAAUAGUACAGCGCUCAACAAUUUCAUUUGGCACAAAUAAAAACUUAUUAAACAAAUUUUCAAAAUUAUAACAGCAAAAUUAAUAAGAUUCAAUUUUAUUCGCAAGUUCGGACAAAAUUUCCAUGUAUUUAUAGAAAAAAAUUUAAAAAAGGCCAUUCCACCUAGACGCAAUAAGGCGGCAAACAAAAACACUACAGAGCUAAAAAAAAUUUAAAGAAGUUUGUGAUUUUUAAGUGCUGCCCAUUUAAAUAAAUUGUUAACGCCAACUCGGGCCGAUGCUGCUACUGAUUGGGUUAACAAAACCUUCGAAAUGGAUAAGCGCUUGAACUCCGGCAACGGCCGCUGCGACAAUGUUGUCGUGGCGGCUGCUCCAGCUACCAAAACAUAUCCACACGCUCAAAGGCAGCUGUCUACCAAUACGAUACAAACAACAAAAACGGGAGCAGCUGCAGUUGAUGGCAACUCGAGUCCAAAGUUGGCAGCCACAUUUCAAGGAAUGAGCGUGAAUGUGCAGCCAAGUGCAAGCAGAGGCAUGCACUCUUGGCCGCGGCAGGACGAGCAGACGGUGCAAGCAACAACUGCAGCGAUUUCAGCUGCACGCGCUCGGGCAGUAGCCGACGUAACCGCUGCUCCAAUAGCACCGACAAAUAUAGUUAAUAGUAAGCAGAGUAACAACAACAAUUAUAACAGCAUUGUUAAACUACAAAAGCAUCCGUCAGUGUUGGCAAUCGCCGAACAAUAUGCAACAAUUGCGGCGAGUUACAGGACGAAGCCGCGCAACAAGAGCGACGAGGCUAUCAACGAUCUCCUGCAGCGCAUACCCGAUAUUGCACAAAUAUUUGAUGUACAGAGUCGGAUUGGUAAUGGAACAUUCAGCACUGUGCUCCUGGCGACACUCAAACGGGAGGCACAGCUGCCGGACAAUAUGCGGCGCAAGUUUGCGAUCAAACAUCAUAUACCCACCAGCCAUCCGGAUCGCAUUAUGAAGGAGCUACAAUGCAUGACAGACAUGGGAGGCACCGACAACGUCGUCGGCAUCAACUGCUGUUUGCGCUGUGAGGCGUCUGCAGCGUUUGUGAUGCCCUACAUGCCGCACGAUCGCUUCCACGACUUCUACACGAAGAUGGAGGUGCCGGAGAUUCGUUUGUAUAUGCGCAAUCUGCUGUUGGCCCUGCGACACGUGCACAAGUUCAACAUCAUCCAUCGCGAUGUGAAGCCCAGCAAUUUUUUAUACAAUCGUCGCCAGGGCCAGUUCCUGCUCGUCGACUUUGGGCUGGCACAACACGUCAAUCUACCUGCCGGAACAGUAGCCGGCAUUGCCGCACAACAACACCAGCAGCAGCAGCAACUGGCAGCCAACAGCAAGCGUCCGCGAGAACGUGAGCCACAGCAACAUCAACAACAGCAGCAGCAGUUCUCCGCAACAGCAGCAGCAUCCCCAGAGGCAACUCUCGGUGGCGCUGUGAAACGCAUGCGGCUGAUUGAGGAGACAAAUGUCAGUAGCUGGAACAAGAUGCCGCUGAAGCCUGUCAACGAAAUAGCGCAGAGCGCCAAAGCUACCGGAGAUCUGCCGCUCAAUGAUAGCAAACAGAAUUUGACAGAGGUGAGCGAAGCUGCGGCGGCCGCAGCGGCAGCGGCAGCAGCGGCGGCGGCGUCGGCAGUGGUGUCAACAACCAGCACCACCAUACAGCAGCAACAGGUGCCGGCGGCUCAGCCACAGCCAAUAGUGUUGGUGCAGCAGCAGCAGCAGCAGCAGCAGCAGCGGCAGGAGCCUUCAAUUGUCCCCACUGGCAGCGCCACUGGGGUAAAAUACAAUACGAAUCGUACAGCUGGCGGCGGUGGCAACAACUCGAAAUGCUUUUGCUUUGCAAAUCCUUCCGUUUGCAUCAAUUGCCUAACGAAGAAGGAGGUGCAUGCCUCGAGAGCGGGCACGCCCGGCUAUCGGCCGCCGGAGGUGCUGCUCAAGUAUGCGGAUCAAACGACAGCUGUCGAUGUUUGGGCUGCGGGCGUCAUUUUUCUGUCCAUACUGUCCGCCGUCUAUCCGUUUUUUAAAGCGCCCAACGAUUUUGUUGCCCUGGCCGAGAUAGUCACCAUCUUUGGGGAUCGAGCCAUACGCAAGACGGCUUUGGCACUGGAACGCAUGGUCACCCUCAGCCAGCGAUCGAAGCCAUUGAAUUUGCGUAAGCUCUGCCUGCGCUUUCGCAAUCGCUUGAUCUUCAGCGACCAGGAGAUGGUGCGAAAGCACGAGUCACCCGAUGGCCGGAUCGAUGUGUGCAAGAACUGUGAUCAAUAUUUCUUCAAUUGCCUCUGCGAGGACAGCGUCUACGUCACGGAGCCACUGGAGCCAUACGAAUGCUUUCCAGCGAGCGCCUACGAUCUGCUUGGGCGUCUGCUCGAAAUAAAUCCCCAUAAGCGUAUUACCGCCGAGCAGGCGCUCAAUCAUCCGUUCUUUACCAUGGAGCAGAUGACGCCUGCACCGCCCGCACCAGUUGUACCGUUGGCUCCUCCUGCUGCCGUUACUCCAGCUGCUGCUGCACCAUCGCUCAAGGCAGCUGGCAAGCAACAGACGCGCAGGCGCGCUACCAAAAAUGGGACGCCACAAAAUGUUGCGUCCAAUCCUGAGCAACAGCAAAAGCAACCAACUCUAAACAAACUGUGAAAACUAGUCGAAACAGAACCCGUUUAUACAAACUCCUCUAGAACUUAUGAUAUAGAUAUAUAUAUAUAUAUUUUUUUUUUUGCAAACAAAGCCAGUGGCAAACGUAGUCGUAUAUACAUAUGUAUAUAUACUCACACACGCGGAAAUAUAGGCGCACUUACACAUAAAUACAUAUGUAUAUACACUCACGCAUGAGCGCACUUACACACACAUACAAAUGCAACACACACAGAACAGUUUACACUUGCAUCCAAAUGACACCAUGUAUAUACAAACGCACACUCUCUAAUACACACAUACACACACACACAUGCACAGACACACUGCCCCAGUUAUCAUCCUGGUUCCAUGCAUAUCAUCCAUAUACACAGAGGAUUACAAAAGAAAAAAAAA